CAUACUUAGAGCUAUUGGCACUUCAGGAGGCUUACAGAAAGCUGACGACUCCAGAGCUGCCCGCUAUCUUGGAAAUAGACUAGGGGUAAGCGGGAGCGAGUUAGUGUACGGAGGCAUCUUUUGCAGUUCAGAAGGCAUAAACUGGAUUAUGGCGAUGCCGGACAGUCCAGGAAUGAAGCCCAAUAUAUCCUUGCUGAUGUGUCAAGAGAGGGAGGGGGAGGAGUCUGUUUUGUCUCCUGGAGCCAACAGCACAUCAGAUGAGGAGUGGCAUCCUGCUACUGACAGGCCGCAAGCAGAUGUCACAGGGCUGUCGAGGAGAGAGAAGUGUCUGAAAGAAAACAGAAGUCUUCCCCAAUGUCCAGUGUUGGAACAGAGUGAGGAGGAGCCCAAGGAUCAGUUCUGUGAUGAUCAGUUCUACUGUGAGGAGUGCCAGUCCUUCUACCUGGAAGAGUGUGAGACCCACGGCCCUCCCUCCUUCACUCAUGACUCCCCGACUCCACUUGGGGUUCCUCAGAGAGCCCUGCUCACUCUUCCCCCGGGCUUGGUGAUUGGCCGGUCCAGCAUUCCAGGGGCAGGCCUGGGGGUGUUUAACCAGGGACAGCAAGUGCCUGUUGGAAUGCAUUUCGGACCAUUUGAGGGAGAGGUGACCAACAGGGAAAAGGCCAUAGAGAGUAGCUACUCAUGGGUGAUUUGCCGGAAGAAUAACCAGUAUGAGUAUAUUGAUGCUACACGAGAUUCUCACUCCAACUGGAUGAGGUACGUGAGCUGCGCUCACAAUGAAGAGGAUCAGAAUCUGGUGGCUUUCCAGCACAGGGGGCGUGUCCUGUUCCGGUGUCUCCGCCCCAUCCCCCCUGGGCACGAGCUCUUGGUGUGGUAUGCAGAUGAGUACGCCCAGGAGCUGGGCAUCAUCUGGGACUCCCUCUGGAACAAAAAGUGCACUUCAGCAGGUAGCUUUGCGUCGACAGACGAGCCCUCGAAUGUCUUCCCCUGUACCCAGUGCCAGUUCUCCUUCGCUGCAGAAGUCUACCUCUACAAGCACAUCAAGCGCUCUCAUCCUGAGGAGUUCGCGAAGCUCCAGGGGUCGGGGCCUAUCAGGCCCGCGAGUCGCGUUCCUCUCUGUGGCCCGAUCCCGGCGCCCCCGGCCUCUAGCGAGCUCUGCACGCAGACGUCCGCCCCCGACGCUCGCGCGGCUCUCUCAGGCGCUCAGAACGGGACACGCCGCGGCCCGCUACCAAACGACCAAAUUCACAGAGGCGAAGGACCGCAUUUCUGCGCUCGGUGUGGGAAGGGUUCCGUUGACCCGGAAGGCCUGAGAGUUCACGAGUGUGCUGAGAAAGGGGAGGGGCCAAACUGCCGCAGCCAGCGCGGGAGGAGUUUCAGCGACUCGGAAAGCGCGAAGGAGCGCGAGCGCGCCGAGGCAGGGGAGAGGCCCCACCGCUGCGCCGAGUGCGGGCGGAGCUUCAGCCGCUCGUGCCACCUCAAAAGGCACGAGCGGACCAUUCACGUCAAAGAGAGGCCGUACUGCUGCAGCCAGUGCGGGAAGUGCUUCAGCCAGUCGGCGGGGCUGAAGAGGCACCAGCAGGUCCACGCCGGGGGGAGACGGAACCACUGGAGGGCGGACGCGACGUCCGAGGUCUUCCCCUGCUCGCACUGCGCGUUCUCCUUCACGUCGGAGCUCCUCCUCCACAAGCACGCCAAGCGCCAUCACCCGGAGGAGCGCCGCGAACCGCCCAAGUCCGAGUCCGACGGGGCCGAGGGCGACGCCCAGAAGCCGCUUCCGUCCCCCGAGGCCCCGCCCGAUCCGGCCAGGCCCACCCCGGCUCACAGGAACUCCAGGAAAGGGCGGAUCCUCAAGCGCCUCAGAGCCUCGGCGCCGGCGAAGCGCCAGAAGGCGGAGCGGCGGUUCGGCUGCCCUCGGUGCGGGAAGGGUUUCGCCGACGCCGAGGCCCUGGGGGGCCACCCGUGCGAGACGGAGGAGGGGCCGUUCCACUGCCCCGAGUGCGGGCGGAGCUUCACCCGCUCCUGCAACCUCAGGAGGCACGAGCGGACCAUUCACACCAAAGAGAAGCCCUACUGCUGCAGCCAGUGCGGGAAGUGCUUCAGCCAGUCGGCGGGCCUGAAGAGGCACCAGCAGGUCCACGCGGACGGGCGGCGGAGCCACCCGGGCGCGGACGUGUCCGCUCAGGUCUUCUCCUGCUCGUGCUGCUCCUUCUCCUUCACGGCCGAGCGCUACCUGUACAAGCACAGGAAGCGGUACCACCCUCUGGAGCACCUGCGCAGGACCGGGUCGGUCAGGGUGGCUCAGGUCGGGGAGGGACCCAACUACUGCACCCAGUGCGGCAAGAGUUUCAGUUGCCUGAAAAGCCUUAAAGCUCACCACUGCAUGCGGGUGGGCGAGAAGCUGUACCUCUGCACGGAGUGCGGGAAGAGCUUCUCCUGGUUCUACGGCCUCCGGCAGCACCAGCGCAUCCACACCGGGGAGAAGCCGUUCGGCUGCACCCAGUGCGGGAAGCGCUUCGUCCACUCGGGCCAGCUGAACGUUCACAUGCGGACCCACACCGGGGAGAAGCCCUUCCUCUGCACCGAGUGCGGCGAGAGCUUCCGCCAGUCGGGGGACCUGAAGCGGCACGAGCGGAAGCACACGGGGGUGCGGCCGUGCCGCUGCGACGAGUGCGGGAAGAGCUUCAGCCGCCCGCAGAGCCUUAAAGCGCACCAGCAGCUGCACACGGGAGAGAAACUGUACCACUGCACCGUGUGCAGCAAGAGCUUCGCUCGAAGCUGGCACCUAAGAAGACACCAUCAAAAAAUGCAUUCCGCUCUGUGGCCACACUCCCUGCGCGCCCAGAAACGUCCCGACCACAUGAUAGAAGAAGAAAUGCAGGCAGUCGAGCAUGGAUUUGGCAAAUGGCUCAAACCUUCUUCACCCUUGCUCAUUUGCCGUGAUGGAAAUGCUAAUGGAGAGGGACAGGAGUCUGUACCGUCUCCUGGAAACAACAGUACAUCCGAUGAAGAGUGGCACCCCAGUACUGACAGACCGCACGCAGGUGAUUCAAACCCGAUAAGAAGAGAGACAAGGAAACAUAACAACCAUCUGCACAGGUGUCCUCUUCUGGGCUGCAAUGGAAAUGAAAAUGAUGCUGGGGAAAAGCAAGAGCAGGAGGAAGAGGAGACUAGAAACGAUGAUCACUUCUACUGUGAGGAGUGCCAGUCCUUCUACCUGGAAGAGUGUGAGACCCACGGCCCUCCCUCCUUCACUCAUGACUCCCCGACUCCACUUGGGGUUCCUCAGAGAGCCCUGCUCACUCUGCCCCCGGGCCUCAUGGUUGGGCGUUCCAGAAUUCCAGGGGCAGGCCUGGGGGUGUUUAACCAGGGACAGCUAGUGCCUGUUGGAAUGCAUUUUGGACCAUUCGAGGGAGAGGUGACCAGCAGGGAAAAGGCCAUAGAGAGCAGCUACUCAUGGGCGAUCUGCAGGAAGAAGAACCAAUAUGAAUAUGUCGAUGGUACACGAGACUCUCACUCCAACUGGAUGAGGUAUGUGAACUGCGCCCGUAAUGAAGAGGAGCAGAAUCUAGUGGCUUUCCAGCACAGGGGGCGUGUCCUGUACCGGUGUCUCCGCCCCAUCCACCCAGGACAAGAGCUGUUGGUGUGGUGUGCUGACGAAUACAGCAAGGAGCUGGGCGUCACCUGGUAUUCUCUGUGGAUCAAAAAGUGCACCGCUGCAGCUGCAAGUUUGGAGAAGCCCUCUCAGGUCCUCCUGUGUACGCAGUGCGAGUUCCCCUCCGGCGCGGAGCGCCGUCUCCAGAGGCACCCUGAGCAGGCCCGCCCGCAGGCCGACGGGGACCCCGAGCGGACCGAGCCGGGGGAGCGGGCGCACUCGUGCCGCGAGUGCAGGGAGAGCUUCGUUUCGCCGUGCGAGCUGAGGAGGCACGAGCGCGCGUCGCACGCGGGCGGCGAGCCGCACGGCUGCUCCGAGUGCGGGCGGAGCUUCGGCCAGCUCGUCGGCCUGAAGAGGCACAAGCAGCGGCACUCCCGGGAGAGGCCCUACGCCUGCGGCCAGUGCGACAAGACCUUCUGCUGGUUCACCGGCCUCCAGCGGCACGCGCGAAGCCACGUCGGCGACAAGUCCUACCUCUGCACCGAGUGCGGGAAGUGCUUCGGCCAGUCCGGGGAUCUGAAGAGACACCAGAAGAUUCACACGGGGGAGAGGCUGUACCUCUGCACCGACUGCGGGAAGAGCUUCAACCGGCUGAGCAGCCUCCGGCAGCACCAGCGCAUCCACACGGGGGAGAAGCCGUACGGCUGCACCGAGUGCGGGAAGCGCUUCUCGUACUCGGAGCAGCUGAAGGUCCACCUGCGGACCCACACCGGGGAGAAGCCCUUCCUCUGCACCGAGUGCGGCGAGAGCUUCCGCCAGUCGGGGGACCUGAAGCGGCACGAGCGGAAGCACACGGGGGUGCGGCCGUGCCGCUGCGACGAGUGCGGGAAGAGCUUCAGCCGCCCGAACAGCCUCAAAGCGCACCAGCUGCUGCACAAAGGGGAGCGGCCCUACCGCUGCCCUCAGUGUGACAAGUGCUUCAUUCGGACGGGGCAUCUGAGGAGACACGUUAAAAAAAUGCACUCGUGAGAAUUUUGCUCUGUGUAUUUAAGCUUUUUUUUUCUUUUUUUUUUAAAAAAGGAUUUGUGUGAAUUUGUAUGAUGUGCAACCCAAAAUGUGUACCACGAGUGCUGUGUAUUACAAAAUCGCUACCUCAAGGAAAAGGCUAGAUGUGGACUUAUAAAUCCUAUGCAACUCCUCUUCAGAUCUUUGUAAGUAUGCUGCCUAAUACUGUACUAUGGUGGAUGUGAGCAUGCAAUUCAGUUGUAUGUUAGCAACCAUAAAGAUUUUUUCAUGUUGUGUUCAUGGUAUUUAUAAUAUACAGUGGGGAUAAAAAAAUUUGAGCACCCCUGCUCAAAAUACAUUUUACAAUGAAUAUCUAAGCGAAGAGAAGCUAACCUGAUCUCUAAAUGGUACAAAGUUGAAUGUUGAAUGUGACACAUUUCUUCUUUCUUUUAAAGCAAGAUGACUUUUUAUUUUAAUUUUUUAGGGUUUCAAGAUAAUAAAAAAAAAAAAAAAUGAAAAAGUUCCUGUGCAAAAGUUUGGGAACCCUGGUAGUUAGUGGGCUUGCUUCCGGCAAGCCCACUCUUGGUAUCUUUCAUAUUUCUUAUUAUCUGCACUUUCCGCCCAAUUUUUCUAGCUCUAACUAGUCUAACUCUCUAACUCUAACUACAGUUUUUGUAUUACAUUCAAACGUUUUACACCAAAAUGACCGGCUAGUUCCAGACAUUGUUGC